AUGGCGGGUGUUUUGUCCAUUCUCUCUGAGCAUCCUUCUCAUAUCCUGGCUAUUGCCUUUGGUACAGCCGUCCUCUGGCAACUCCUCCUAGCCGGCUACAACCUCUUCCUCCAUCCCCUACGAAGGUUUCCAGGACCUGUCCUUCAACGCGCUUCUCCUCUAAUCUGGGCCUGGCAACAUGCCACAGGCUAUCAAGCCUUUCGAACCCAGCUCCUCCACGACCGAUAUGGCCCCAUAGUCCGAAUCAGCCCAAAUCACCUGUCUUUCACCGAUGUGACGGCCUGGAAAGACAUCUACGGCUUUCAAAUCGGGAAAGAGCUGGCAGAAAACGAGAUCCCCAAGUCGCAGCUCUUCUCAACGACGAUCAAGAAUUUGCCCACGAGCAUCAUCAAUGCCGAGCGUGAAGAGCACCAGCGGUACCGGCGGGCGCUAUCUCAUGGCUUCUCGGAUAGCUCUAUGCGAGCGCAAGAAGGCAUUAUCAUGAAGUACAUCGAUAAACUGAUUUCUCGCUUGCAUGAGAACUGCGACGGGAAAGAAGCGCCGCUUAAUGUGGAGGCUUGGUAUAACUGGACAACGUUCGAUAUUGCCGGCGACCUAAUCUUUGCGCAAUCGUUUGGCUGUCUCGAUCGCUCAGACUACCAUCCCUGGAUUGCCUUCAUCUUCAAAACUAUCCGAUACAAUGCCAUCAUGACAGCGAUGAAGUAUAUUGGCCUUGAUCCUGUUGUCCAAGGCCUCUUCCGGAUCGGUGGUCUUGCUGCGAUGAUGCAGUUACGUGAGAGCACCGAUAAGAUGAUGCAAACGCGUCUUGAUAUGGAUCCUGACCGGAAGGAUUUGUUCGAGGGACUCUUGAGAAAGAAAGAAGAAUGGGAAUGUGGCCCCCCAAAGCCACUCCUCGUGGAGAACCUUUCAUUUGAGCAGCUGUCAGCUAAUGGUCUCAUUCUCGUCCUCGCCGGUUCGGAAACUACGGCUACAACUCUGGCCGGCACAACAUAUCUUCUGUUGAGAAAUCCCAAGGUCCUGCAGAAACUUAACGAGGAGGUCCGAUCGAGCUUUAGCGACUCUAGCGAGAUCACCAUCAACUCAGUGAGCAAGUUGUCAUACAUGCUCGCUGUUCUCAAUGAAGCUUUGCGUAUGUAUCCUCCCGUGACGUCAAACCUCAUUCGAGAGGUACCGGAGUUUGGGUGUCAGAUUGGUGCAGAGCAUGUGCCUCAAGGAACUUUCGUCGAGAUCCAGCAAUGGUCCGCAAACCAUAGUCUAGAUAACUGGACCAAGCCCUGGGAGUUCAGGCCGGAGCGCUUCCUGGAAACCAACAAAGAGGAACACAACCAUUUAGACGCACUUCAAGCAUUCAGCGUUGGCCCACGCAACUGCAUUGGGAAGAAUCUCGCGUAUGCAGAGAUGAGGUUGAUUUUAGCCCGAAUCGUUUUUGACUUUGAUCUUCAACUGGCCGAAGGAAACGGGUCCUGGAUUCAGAGGCAAAGAGCAUUUGGUUUGUGGGAUAGAAUACCGCUGAAUGUCUACUUGAAGCCAGUUGCGCGUGAAGCCCGCGCAUAA